UGACAUUGCAAAGUUUGUUUUCUGUGUGCAGGUGUCUGAACUGUAAACAGUUGUGGGAGAUGGCUGCAAAUGGAGCAGAAUGUGAACAGCCACAGAAAAGACUAGGCCCUAAAGACAAGCAGAAUGGCAGUUCUACAGAUUCAUCUCUGAGAGAGCGAAAGCAGCUGGACAAGGAAGAGCGUCUCUCUUUAGUACUGUGGAAGAGGCCUUUUACCACACUACAGUAUUUCUGCAUAGAAACCCUCAUUACCCUGAAAGAAUGGACGUGGAAGCUUUGGCAGAGAAGAGGUGUGGUGUUUUUGACUGUAGUCCUUUUUUCACUUUUCUCAAUGGCUUACUCAAUAGAAGGAGCACAUCAAGAGUAUGUCCAGUACCUGGAGAAGAAGUUCCUGUGGUGUGCCUACUGGGUAGGCCUGGGUAUUUUGUCUUCAGUCGGUCUUGGCACUGGACUGCACACUUUCCUUCUGUACCUGGGUCCACACAUAGCUUCUGUCACCCUGGCUGCAUAUGAAUGUGGCUCUGUGAAUUUCCCCGAGCCGCCCUACCCAGCCCAGAUAGUGUGUCCGGAGGAGGUCCUGCAGGAGAGCAUCUCAUUAUGGACCAUCAUGUCGAAGGUUCGCCUGGAGGCCUGCAUGUGGGUGAGUGUUUUCACAGAUUUUGCAACAAGAGCCAAGCUUGCAGUGCAAAACAUGGUGCAGAAAGUGGGAUUUUUUGGAAUUCUUGCUUGUGCCUCCAUUCCAAAUCCCUUGUUUGACCUGGCUGGAAUCACCUGUGGUCAUUUCCUGAUUCCAUUCUGGACCUUCUUUGGAGCGACUCUCAUCGGAAAGGCCAUUAUUAAGAUGCACAUUCAGAAACUAUUUGUUAUCAUAACAUUCAGCAAGCACAUAGUGGAGCAGAUGGUCUCUCUGAUCGGUAUUAUCCCUGGAAUCGGAGCAUCUCUUCAGAAACCUUUUAGGGAGUACUUGGAGGCCCAGAGAGCCAAGCUUCAUAACCCAGCGGGCGAUGGAGCAGCAGCAGGUGAAAGCUGGCUCUCGUGGGUAUUUGAGAAAGUGGUGCUGGUCAUGGUGUGCUAUUUUAUUCUGUCCAUCAUUAGCUCCAUGGCACAGAGCUACGCCAAGCGUCUCCAGCAGAAGAAGUGCUCAGAAGAGAAAACAAAAUGACGGACUCACAGAAAACCAUCUCACGCUCCUGUUUCGGAACCGAUGAAAUAUUUAAGCUAAAACUGCUACAUGAGCACUGAUUUAUGUGCGCUUCUGUAUGUUAAUGUUCAUUCAGAUCCCUUUAGUUAGGUGGAGUCCCUCUUCAUUUGUCUGUAGUGUGCUCGGCUAUUUAAAAUCAGAUUUAACAUUUAGAGAUUGUCUUUACAGAACCAAGGCAGUCUAGUUAACAGGCUGUGUGGAGUCAUAUUUGUUGCAAUGCCUUAUGCAACAUUUGGAGGUCAUGCUUCCAUUGAAGUGAAUACAGUUCUUAAUCGAUAGAUUGAUUUAAUUUCUAACAUACAGGUAUGGAUGGGCAGGGGCGGUUUUGUGAUUGGAAUUUUCAGGGACAGUUUUUAUUUAAUUCGAUAUUGAUGUCAUUUUGUAUUUCUUUAACUGUUUAAAGAGGAUAGCAAUAUCAACUCAGAUCAUCGUGGUUUCUAAAUAGUUUGCACAUCUUGUAAAAUAAUGUUUUGACUAUGCGCACAUGAUGUUUAUUCUCUGGUCUUAAACCAAAAUGUCACAAACUAGUGGAUGUAACUUUUAACCCAAGAAAAUUCAGAUGUAAUAUUUGCAUAUGUUUGUGCAUUUUGAACUAAAACUAUAAGUUGAUCCAUACUCUCCUCUUAUUUUGGGCUGAAGUAUUUGUGCAGAUAAUUGAUUUCCCUCAGAACUAUUGUUACAUAAUUAGUUUGACAUUAAAUUCAUUAAUACA